AUGUCGCCCCAGUGUCCUUCCUUAAUUUUCGUGGUACUACUGAUAUUCGCUACUCUUGCACAUCAUGCAUACGCACAAGUAGGACCCGAUGUCAAAACGCCUGAAUUCAACGCGACGGUCACCCCCGGCGACAGAAUCACCAUCGAAUACGAGUAUCAAAACGUAGGCACCGGCAAUUAUACCGUCGAAAUUGAUCUGUGGGAAGACUCAGGCAAACGCUACCUGCUUCAAAAUGUAUGCAAAGACGAACCCCUAGCUGGCGGCAAUUCGACUGGCGUACAACUCAACUUUACAAUGUCUGCCACAUACGACUGGACCGUCCCCGGUGACCUGACGCACAAGGUCAGCAACGAGGAGGGCGAAGAGGUCGACGAGGCUGUCGACAUGUUUUUUCUGACUGUUACUGCUGUGGCGGAUACGUACUUUUAUGAGGAUCUGGCUCUUACUUCGCGACCUGUUCGAUUGCAUUACAAUGCGGCUGCGUUGGCUUUGCCUAAUAAGCUGUUACUGCUCGCUUUGGCUGUGCCUGUUUCGUUAUUCUACUUUUUUGGCGUCUAA